ACUCCGCAGUGGAGGAAGCUGGAGACGGAGAGCUGCAGUACACAGCACUGUAUGAAACAUUUGAACGAAAUAUUUGAAGUUAUACGGAACGCGAAGUGGUUGUAUGUAUGCAUGGCGUCAAAAAGCCACCCGGGUCCCCUGCACGCUCUGCCUGCACGAACAGCAUUAUUCCAACAGAAAGAUGGGAAAACAUACAGGAUUCCUGCUUUAAUCUACAUCAGUGAUGGUCAGACUUUCCUUGCAUUUGCUGAAGAGCGCAGCACUCCAUGUGACAGUGAUGCAAAAGUGCUGGUCAUGAGGAGAGGAACACUGCAAAAUGGAUCACUUCAAUGGUCUCCUGUUCAGACGCUCUAUUCUGCUUGUUUGCCGGAUCAUCGCACCAUGAAUCCUUGUCCAGUCUACGAGAGGAAAUCCAAAACCAUAUAUCUUUUCUUUGUCUGCAUAUUAGGCAAUACCACAGAGUAUCACCAGAUUGUUACGGGUAAAAACCAAGCACGGUUGUGUUACGUCACUAGUGCAGAUUAUGGCCAAAACUGGAGCAAAAUAACCGAUUUAACGAAUAGCGUUAUUGGAGAUGAGAUCUGCGACUGGGCUACUUUUGCAGUUGGACCAGGACAUGGUAUUCAGAUGAAAAGUGGAAGACUGAUCAUUCCAGCAUAUGUUUAUUACAUACACUGUAGGUGUUUUCCUUUUCGUUUUCCACUCAUAGUCAGGCCUCAUGCUUUAUCGUUCCAUAGUGAUGACUGUGGUGUCACCUGGCAGAUGGGAGGAAAAAUCACAAUGAAAUCCUGCGAAUGUGAGAUGGCUGAGAUCAUAGACCACGCUGAUGGGAGCCAUUUGUACUGCAACGCUCAGAGUACUUGUGGCCACAGAGUGGAGGCCUUAAGUGAGAGCAGCGGGGCAGCUUUUGACAAUCCUUAUGUUGCUCAGAAACUCGUGGAGCCCUAUCAUGGCUGCCAGGGUAGCGUGUUGAGCUUCCCUGCGCCCGAGCCAUCGGAGGAAGAGGAGAAGAGCGCAAAUGACUGCUUGACUCGGUCAGACACAAAAACAUGGUUACUCUAUUCCCAUCCAACUGAUAAUAAGAAAAGGAAGGACCUUGGAGUUUACUUGAAUAAAUCGCCCUUGAAAACGUCUGGUUGGGGCCAACCGUGGAUCAUCUAUAAGGGUCCCAGCGGAUAUUCAGAUUUGACUCGGUGUGAGGAGCGAUUUGCCUGCCUCAUGGAGUGUGGAGAGAAAAGUGAGCUUGAGGAAAUAGCCUUCGUGGAAUUUAAACUCAGUGACUUCUUGUGCACCUGAAAUGGUGAAAGUACUUUCCUGGCACGUUUUACAGGAUUGGUUCACCACAAAAUGAAAUAUUGUUCAUCUUCAGACCUUCCAAGAUAUAAAUUAUGAGUUUGUUUUUUCAUUUGACCAAAUUUUGGAGAAAUGUAGCUUGAUAUCAGUUUGUUCACCAGUGGAUCCUUCGGUGAAUGGGUGCCAUCAGAAUGACAGACAGCUGAUUAAUCAGAUGUCACGAUAAAUAAAGUAAUCCAUUCCACUCCAGUCCAUUAUCUUGUGACAUGAAAAGCUGUGUUUGUAAUAAACAAAUACUUCAUUAAGAUGUAUUUAACUUUAAAAUAUUGAAUCAGUCCUCUUUACUGAGAAAUUUACUUGCACCUUUUACAAGAACAGUUCUAAAUAAUGAACUAUUAAAUAUAUAUAUAUAUAUAUAUAUAUAUAUAUA